AACAAGAAGGAAGAGCAAUGGCGACACUGGAUCGCCAGAUACCAAGUCCGGAUACCUUCCUGUGCGAGCCUUGGUCUUCCUUCGCCAGUGCGGCUAAAUUACGUUUUGUUGACAACUCGUGCUUGGAGAACAGCGACACAGAGCUUUACUGCCUCGGUGAAGCCGCGGGGCUCAGCAGAGAAGAGAUGCUUGGCUACAGAGCUCUGGAGGAUGUUUGUCUUGUUGUCUGCCAUGUCUGCAAUCAGGUGGUCACUCCUCAGGGCAUCCUCACACACUACGGUAGCCGGGGUGUAGUUUCCCUGUGAGGCAGUCAGAGAGAGACAGACAGUCCUGGACCACACACCCCCUCUCCUUCCCUCCCCACCCUCCUCUCACAAAGACAUGCAUAGCAAAAACCAGAAGCGACACGGCUCCCCUGCUCCCUCCAGGAGCCUCCUGGUCCCCAUGAAGCCAAAAGCACCUGCAGUGGCCCCCGCUGUGGCUCCCAGUCCUCGGGACACGCUGGCUUUCAGGAUCCCCAAAGAUUACCCUCACUCACGCUUCAGUAAGGCACCACUUGCGGUCUACCCACCAAAGGGGGCCCGGAACAAGACGUGUGUGUCCCUUCCUGUCGUGAGCCUGGAGAAGAUGCCCUGCCUCAGCCACGCCGACUCUGCAUCACAUGUGCGCCUCACCACCACCUCCGCCUCUCCCUCCUCCCUCAAACCUUCGUCUCUCACUCCCCCGGCCUCCCAACGGUCCGGCGAGAAGCUCACGAACGGUCGUGGCACCAGCGGGCCGUCCACACCGCGCUCCACCACCUCUCCAUCCUCUCUGGACAGGCGGCCCAGUCCGUCUCGCUCUCCGCUCGACAGGCGGCUGUUGUCGACACCUUCUCCUUCCACGCUGGACCGGAAACCCUCCCCGUCUCCUUCCCCUUCGCACCGAUCUGGAGCUCUGCCGCCGUCGUUGUCGUCGUCGCCAUUGGAGAAGAAGCAACAAAACGGGACUAAGACUUCCUCCAGGACGCAGAGAAGACUCUCAGGGAGAGUCUUUGAUCCUAACAAGCACUGUGGAGUCCAGGACCCUGAAACUAAGCGACCCUGCACGAGGUCUCUCACCUGCAAGACUCACUCCUUAACCCACCGCCGAGCCGUCUCCGGCCGAAGGAUGCAUUUCGACGUCCUCCUGGCCGAACACAAGGGGCGGGCGAAGGUCAACGAGGGAGCGAAGGAGAAGGAGAAGGAGAAGGAGAAAGGGGACGGAUCGCAGGGAGGGAAGGAAGGCAUCAGCAGCCAGAGCAUCACGCCACAACAGACCUCAUGUCCCAACAAGCCUCACUGUCCAAAUGGACGACCUCUGUCCACGCUGAAGCUAAGGCUGGCGAAUGCACACAUACCCAGGGUUCCAGGCUCCACCACCUGCACCUCCGGUCCUCUGCCCCCAGCACCUGCCCCCAACCCAGAGCCCUCCCCCCACAGUUUGGGGGCAUCAGCAGGAGACGGCGGUCGACUUUCCAGCGACGAGGGAGACGCAGAGACUCCAGAGGACACCGACAGACCUGCCAUUCACUACUCUAACAGCCACCCACAGCCUUUUGGGUUUUGCGUAUUCAGAAGCAGGCUGAUGGGACGGGGUCACUACGUGUUCGACAGGCGAUGGGACCGGAUGAGGCUGGCGCUCCAGAACAUGGUGGAGAAACACCUUAACGCACAGAUGUGGAGGAAGGUGCCUCUGGCCGCUGAGAGCCUCCUCUCCCUCUCCUCCUCUGGUACCUCCCCCGUCGCUUCACAACAGGCCCCCUCUCCCUCCUCCGUCACUUCUCCUCUCCUCUCGUCCCCCUCCAACUCCCUCUCCUACCCCGCUGCGUUCCCUAAGUCCGCAUCCAUGCCGGGGACGUUCAGCAUUCGAGACGCUCCGCAGCCCGUCGCCCCGGUCUCCGCGCUGGGUAAAGCCCGUAACGGCACGCUUAAAGCCAGCCGCCCAUCCAAAGACACGGAGGACUCUGCGGUGGCAUCUCAGAGGAGAAAAAACUCUUCCCACCCUUCCUCCUCGUCCUUCUCUCCUUCUUCCUUGUUUCCGACCGUGGAUACUGUUAGGAGGAACGGCAGCGUUUGUCAUCCAACGUUACAAGGUUCGCCGGCCACAGCAGCAAACCCAGCGAGGAAAAAGGGCGGAGCUAGUGGGCUCUGGAGCGGCGGAGAGGACUGGUUGUCCAGAGCUGACAGGUCUCAGAGUCACAACUCGCAGAACAGUCGCGAACUUGGCAUGACCGGCAUACCCUACUCACCAAGCAGGGAGCCCGCCUCGGCCCCCCAUCAGCCCCUGGCCUCCCCCUCCGGACCCUUGGCUUACGGGGGAGGAGCAGAGGGGAGGAAGAGGAGGAGUCCCAGCUCCUACAGAGGGAAGGCCAGCAAGCUGAGCAGGCCGGGCGGGUUGGAGAGCCUCUUUGGGAACGGGAGCGACACCGUGGGAAUACUGGCUUCGGGGCCCGAGUCCCCAAGACAGACCAAGUUGCAUCAUUGACAGAAACCUGUUCCAUGGACACAGAAUGUUGUGCAGCUGUGCGGACCACCACCGUUUGUGACCUUUGACCUCACCACUCUUCCACUGACAGCACCAAUCAGACUGCGUCAUCUCGGCCCGUGUCACCCCUACUUAUCCAAUGAUGGUUCGGUCCAGCCGUUGUGACACUGGGGCUCUGGAGUC